CUCGUGAUGACGCGGCGGUGGGCCGGGUAUCCGGUGACUGAUACCGGGAGACGGUUGACCCGGGGAACGGCCUGAGCCUUGGUGGUGUGGGAGAGAGAGAGAGAGAGACUAUGGUGAACGUGGUGUUCCUGCACCCGGACUUGGGGAUCGGCGGUGCCGAGCGGCUGGUGGUGGACGCGGCGCUGGCACUGCGCAGGCGCGGUUGCCGGGUGCAGAUCUGGACGGCUCACUUUGAUCCUGCGCACUGCUUCUCGGAGUGCCGGCGACCGGCGCUCGGUGUUCACUGUGUGGGGGACUGGCUGCCCCGCACUUUGCUGGGUCGCUGCUCGGCCCUGUGCGCCUAUCUGCGGAUGCUGUACGUGGCCUUUUACCUGGUCUUUCUCAGCGGCGCCGAGUUCGAUGUGGUUUUUUGCGACCAGGUGUCGGCCUGCAUCCCCGUGCUCAGGUUGUGCCGGCGAGUCAAGCGGGUUCUCUUCUACUGCCACUUCCCCGACCAGUUACUGACCGGGAGACCCACACUAUGUAAACGGCUCUACCGCUUCCCUAUCGACCAGCUGGAGGAAUACACCACAGGCCUGGCCGACCUGGUGCUGGUCAACAGCAAGUUCACGGCCGGAGUCUUCAAGCAGACUUUCCGCUCCCUGUCCCGGCUGGAGCCCGAGGUCCUCUACCCAUCCCUCAACUUCUCCGCCUUGGACACGGAGCCGGCGGCCGAUGACCAGGAGGAGGAGCCGCCGCUGCCCCCCGGCCGGGACCUGGUCUUCCUCUCCAUCAACCGCUUCGAGAGGAAGAAGAACCUGGGCCUGGCCCUGGAGGCCCUGCACUCCCUCCGGGCCAGGUUAACCCAGGCGGACUGGCAGCGGGUUCACCUGGUCCUGGCCGGGGGCUACGACCAGCGGCUGCCGGAAAAUGUCGAGCAUUACCGGGAGCUGCAGGAGAUGGCGAGCAGCCUGCAGCUGGCCGACAGGGUGACCUUCAUCCGCUCCUUCUCAGACCAGCAGAAAGUCUCCCUCCUCCGCCGGAGUAGCUGCGUCUUGUACACUCCCAGCAACGAGCAUUUCGGCAUCGUCCCCCUGGAGGCUAUGUACAGCCGGCGGCCGGUCAUCGCCGUCAACUCAGGCGGACCCCUAGAGUCGGUGGUCGACCAAGUCACCGGCUUUCUUCGGCAGCCGUCACCCAGUUCUUUCGCUGAAGCCAUGGAAAAUCUUGUCAAGGCUCCCGAUUUACGGACAAAAAUGGGAGAAGCUGGAAGAAGUCGAGUGCUUCAAACCUUCUCUACAGAUGCCUUUACAGAGCAGUUGUAUCAACAUAUCUGCAAAUUAACACUAGAAAAAUGACUAAUGUAGAAUAACAGCGGGAAUAUUAAAAGUGAAGGGUUUUUUUUGUACUACGCAAGGUGAAAUCUGACACUGGCUGCGAUGUGGGGGGGUGGGAAACUUAGUUCUUAUCUAUUUGCGAAUUUUGGUGCACAGUUUACUGUUUUGCAUGAUUGAAGAGUGGUGUGGGAUGGGGUGAAUGAAUAGAUGCAGCAUUUCCAGCAGUUGCAUGGGAAGGUGUCAGGAAAAAGGGUAGCUAAAGUUGGGAACAAAAACAGAAACAGAAAUACCUAGAUAACAGAACUGUUGAAGGGUCAUGAAGACUCGAAACGUCAACUGUGCUCUUCUCCGCUCAUGCUGCCAGACCUGCUGAGUUUUUCCAGGUAUUUCUGUUUCUGUUUUGGAUUUCCAGCAUCCGCAGUUCUUUGCUAUUGUAGCUAAAGUUGGGACUGGGAAGAAUGAACCAGGGAAUGUUCGCUCUGUGGAGAGGGGAGAGGAAGAGAGCUUGCUGGUUAGAUCAUGUUGUAAGUGACAAAUGGAAAAUAAUCUGGCAACAUGAAAAAUUCUUCAUGCAAAUAUUUGAGAUUUCAGUACAUGUAGCAAAUAAAUUUUACCUGAGGUGUUUUGUGAGCUAAAAAAUACACUGAUAUGCUGGAAUGUGUUAUUUUUGUCGGUAUUUGCCUUGAAAUGAGUCAGCUGUAUUAUAUAAACCCUGUCAUUACAAAACAGGAGCAAUCUCAAGUGAUUCAUUCCUUUCUUCAGCUUCAAUUUUUAUCUUACAAUCCUGAGCUCAGUGACUUAAAAAAUGGUUUCAGCCAGAUGCCUGUUUGCUCUGGUUGAUUUGCCUGUUAAAGAAAUCUUUAACUGUAAUGAAUAACUGUAAUGAAUAGGAAUAAGUUUUUAGAGGGGAUACAGGAAAAGAUUUACAAGAAUUGUUCCAGGUUAAAUUAAAUGGGGUGGGAGCAAGCUCAGCUAUACUGUACGUUUUAUGUGAUCAGUUUGUACUUAAUACUAUUACUUAUAAAAACCCAAAUGCUGUUGGUGUUAAUUACUUUUAUCUAACCUGUGACACAUUAAAUAUUUGAACCCCAAUUCAUCCUUGUUAAUCCAUAUUCUUCAGUGUCUUUCCAUUAAAUAUAAACCCCAAUUCCUUGAUUUUUCUCCCACAAUGUAUUGCAUCUCACUUAUUCACCUUGUCUCAUCUACCAUGUGUGCGGAUUCUGCUAAGCUGGCUAACAUGGCUUUCUCGAAAUCUUUUAUAGUCAUUAUUUGCAAUGACCACCGCUUUUAUAUCAUCAGUAAAUUUUAAUGGUUUGAUUUGUAGUCCAAAUCAUAUACAUAUAUUGGUAGUAAAGGGUGUGCUCUCGCAUUAACAACCCUAACCCCAAUCAUUUACUUUUUAACUCUUCAAUUUAAGCAAUAGUCAUUUACCUUGACUCUUCCAGUCCAUCAAUCAACUUUUAUACCAGUGUUUCUCCAACUGGAGUCCAUGGAGACUUUCCACAGGAAAGUCUGCAGAAUAGUUGAGCAAUGUGAGAAUGGGAGGUAUGGACCAGAAGUGAAAAGCAGUCACUGCGUGCCACGCUGAGUAAGCUGGCUAUCUGACCCUGGAGGGGAAGUUGCAUGGAAAAUGGCAAGAUAAAUGCUAGUAGACCAGCUUACCAAAGCUGGUGUUUGGUGCCAGGUGAAUUGAGACUUCUUCAAGGGAGGGAAGAUUUUUAAAUAUUUAAUAGUUAAGCUCAAAGAGCACCAAAGUGCAAGUUGGCCAGGUAUUGAGUAUUGUAUAGUAUUUUAAUUUAGGUGAGGAGUGUCCAUGAUUACUAAUCCAUUUGAAAGGGACCCUUCAAACAAAAGCUUGAGAACACGUUUAUGCAUAAUGUUACAUUUCCUGUUUUACAAUUUGUCUGAAAUAUGUGAUCUAAUUAUGUCUGCAAUGUUACUAACAACAGGACACAUUGGGUAAAUAUAUAUGUUAAUGUGAUCAUUAUUACACCAAAUAACAUUAAGUAGGUCAAGUGUAUUACAUUGUCCUGAUGUGAAGCUGUCUUAAUUUUGCAUUUUGGGGUGUGAAAUCACUUGAAGCACUUAUACAAGAAAUGUGAGACCAUCUCCAAGAGGUAGUCUCACAUACUACAGCUUUGCAAUAGCUACAGCAGAAAUCCAGUUGUAAAGCAGAAUUUAACAAGAUCCAAGAUAGCGAUUUUUAAAACUUUGCUUUGAAUCUUUUUUCCAAUGCUGGCAAAGAGCAAAUAAUUAAUUUUGCCUCUACCAUAUUAAAGUUUCACUGACUUUUCUGGGACAGUUGAGGAUUGUGCAGGAUUGGGAAGUAUAACUCCCAUCUGUAGGUUCAAUUGCUCUAAGCAGGUAACGGUCUGACACCAAUACCUAAAGUGAAAUUGUUAAACAGGACUACACAAACAAGUCAAUGCAGGAAAUACUGUUGUACGCUUUUGUAUUGAUACUUUACAGAAAAUAAAUCAGAUAUUUGAAAA